AUGGACGUCAAGCUCCCGGCGAACAGGUUGGAGGCGGAUCGGCUUGUCGCUGCCAGCAUGGAACGGUGGGAUACCGGAGGUCGAGAUCAACUGUGAGCUUCCACUUUUCAGCGUUCGGGGCCUCCGCUUCAGCGUCCAUUUCGUCUUUGCCGGCUUGAAGAGCGGUCAAGGCCAGCUGGCUUCCUAGUAUGGAGCAAGGCUUCGAUCGCUUCAGAAAUGGGGACAUGGAAUUAGCCUGUUUCGACGGUCCGCACGAACGUCAGCAACCCAAAGUUCUCACCAAAGGUAUUCGUCUCUCUCCUCUCCAUCCCAAUCACAUCUUCAUCACAGUCACGAUACUUUCCUAUCCUCAUGGCCCCAAACAGAUAGCGGCCCCGCAGCAACAGCCUUCCCUUCAUUGCUCACUGCCCUGCUCUCCUCACAUUUGGCGCAUCCGCGACUCUUGCCGGGAGCAUACACUGCAAUCUUCGAGGCUCUGAAGAAGCAAGAGCAGUCAUCUGUCGCCUCUGCCGCGUCAUCAUCAGCUUCGCAAAAUGGCGCUUCUCCAGCGCCUGUGCCCGAAACGUCGGAGGCUCUGGUAGACGCGAUCCUGGAUGGCAUCUGGGCAGUUGACGCGGAAUUAGACGCUCGGAAAGACCUGAGUGCUUCAACAGCGCUCUGGGCUGCAGCAGAUGGCAGCAAGUCACCAGCCGAAAUUGUUGCUAGAUGCAGAGCAAGCUUAGCUCAGAUCGUAAAGGAGCUGAUUGUGAGUCUGGUCUCAGUGGACAAUCUCGCCAUGCGUGUGACCAUUCAGCCUAAAGGCAAGCAGUGUUUAACGCGCAUGUGCAUCUUUUCGGGCCUCUUCAGCAAAAGCAGAUCAUUCCGAGGCUCACAACCGCGGAAAGGCUUGAUCUGCCACUGUUGAAAGCAGUCGGAUUGAUAAUGGACGAGACAGGCUUCCAACGCAAAGGGGUGCGUAUGAACACAGCUAAUCUCUACAAGCAGCAAAAGUUCAAUUUGCUACGAGAAGAGAACGAAGGCUACUCGGGCCUCAUCAACGAGCUCAUCAGCGGCAUGGGUCCAUCGAUCAUCCCGAUCAAGCAUGACGCGGUGCAAGCCUCCAACGGGCUAGCUGAUGGCGAAGCGUCAAAGUCGACGUCGGACUUGCCUGCGCAGUAUCGCGUAGUCGAGCAAGAAAGCGUCGACGCGCGAAACGCACGUGCCCGUCGCGUGAUGGGCAACAUCUCUGCUCUCAUUGGGUACUUUGACCUUGAUCCGAAUCGCGUCCUGGACGUCGUCAUGGAUGUCUUCAGUAGCAAUGUUGUCAGUCACUGGCCUUUCUUCCUAGCUUUGCUGUCAGUGUCGCCAUGGGCACCUUCUCAUCCAGACGCCCAGCGUGCAAACGAUGACGACAUCACCAUGCAGGACGAAGAGUCCUUCCUUGGGCCCAUUCGGCUGGAUUUCUCGCAAGAUAGGGGGAACAGUACAGUUGCCCAGGUGCUCGGCUUCAAGUAUGGAUUCUACCAGAUGCCCGAUACAAGAGAAGAUACGCCUGACGAUCUAUAUUUUAUGACUGCUCUGAUGAUCAAGAACUCCCUUAUUCGGUUUGCGGACCUCUUCCCUCACCUCAGCCCGAAGGAGGAAGGCAUGAAGCAGCUUCAUCAGGCCUAUCGCAAGACCCUUUCCGCACCUUCUGCAUCCACUACAAAAGCCAAUGCGCUUACUAUGGCCGCGCCUUUGAUAGAAGACGGAUUGCAUCGUCCAGGAGGCGCAGGGGGAGCGGAAACCGAGCAGAUCAGACAGGCGGAAGCUACGGCGUCAGCUAAAGAACCCCCGAAUCAAAUUGGUGGUCUCUUGCGGGCUCUCUUGGCUGUCGGCGGCUUAAGGCAUGCAGUCUUCAUCCUCGGAAGGUAUCCAUGGCUGUGUAGCUCACUCGAUGGCGUCGCGGAGCUUUACGCUCGCCUGCUCCGCCGCGUCUUGGAACCUGCCACCGCUACUAUCUCCACCGCGCCUCUCUACGAACCUGAUCCGAGACUAGCUCCAAAAGCUCCCCGCAGCGAGCGCGAAUCCAGAUCGAAAGGACCUCCGAGGCCCAUACUAUCCAUGAACCCAAUGCCUCAGCCUAAGGCCAAGGCCGCCUCGGAAUCCAAACGCGGUCCAGAGCUAAUUCCUGUGUUUUUCUACCCCAUAUGGGAUAAGGAGCUCCCGGGAUGCGAGCCGAAGGCUGUCUUGACAGAUUUUGUGCCCUUCCUUCGUCUGCUUGGUGUCAACCUCGCCAAGGACAUGGAGCUCAUGAAGCAAGUGUCAAGACUUACGAAGGUCGGCCUCCGCAUGGCGAUGAGAAAGCUGGAACAAGAUAUCGCUUCUGAAGAGGGGAGGGAGAAAAAAGCUGCGUGGCUCGAAGUUGUCCGAUCGCUUCUACUUCCAGCUCUGAGCUGCACGUAUGGCGAUUGGGACAUUGCCCAAGAGGUUUGGCUCAUCAUCCAUAGACUGACAUACCAGGAAAGGUACGCACUCUACGGCGAAUGGAAGUACGAUCUCUAUCGCAAGCCAGAACUCAAGGCUCGCCAGAUCGCCACGGAACGUGAGGCCAAGGGGAUUCUCAAGCGCAUCAGCAGUGAGAACGUCAGGCAAUCAGCAAAGGAUCUAGCAACCGCAUCGCACGCGAAUCCCUGCAUAUUCUUGACGGUGGCUUUGAAUCAAGUGCAAGCGUAUGACAACCUGAUCGCACCAAUCGUAGAAUGCGCCAAGUAUCUUAGCGAGCUCGAAUACGACGUCUUCACAUUUAUCUUGUUGGACGCACUCAGCAAUCCAGAGAAAGAACGUACAAAACAGGAUGGCACCAACAUCAGCCUGUGGCUCAAGUCUCUUUCGAGCUUCGCAGGUAUGCUCUACAGGCGACAUAAGGAAAUAGACGUCGGGCCUGUUUUGCAGUACAUGGCCAACCAGCUCAAGCAAGACAACUCGAAAGAUUUGGUGCUGAUACGAGAAUUAGUGCUCAAAAUGUCUGGCAUAGAGCCACUGGCAAACUUGGGCGACAAGCAAAUUGCCGCCCUCACAGGUGGACGCCUGCUAAGACGAGAAGCGAUGAUGGUCGCCAAUGCCCAAAUUGGAAGCGACACUAGGCGCGAGUUCCAUGACUCCGGAGCGCGCCUUCUGCUUGCGAUGGAGGCAAGCUGCAUGACUAUUCCGCUAUUGAUUUUGAUAGCUCAGCAGCGCCAAGCAUGCAUCUAUCUGAUCGGUGACGACGAAGGAGGCCUGAAGUACAUGGGCAACGCCUUCGAUUCCUGCCAAGAGACACUGUUCCAGUACGUCGAGUUCCUGCUCACACAACUCGAGCCGAGCGCCUACUCUACUUUGAUCCCCAAGCUAUCCGAUCUUUAUUCGCGCUUCAGUAUCGAGCCCGCCAUUGCCUUUCACAUGGCAAGGCCUCGUCUUUUGAUGGCGAUGAAACUGGCCGACGCGAACCAGGCCGAAGAGCGUCUCAAAGCUGAAGUCAAGGCCAAGGCGGUGACCAAAAUUGCAUCGAAUGAGCACAGCGCGACCUCCAAGGACACUCGAUCUCUCGGUCAACCUGACGAUACAGCGCAAAGAACAGUCGAUUCGCAAGCCGACGGCACCGUAGAGCCUGGUCAAGAGAAGACUGAUCAGGCGAUGGAGGUGGAGAUGACGGCUAUCUCCCCGGCCUCGACUAGCCUGCCAGGGGUAAAAUCAGUCUGGCGGCCCGGGAUGGAGGAGGCGAUCUCCGCAGCAAAGGAGAUGCUGCCAGCUGCAGUGAGCGCGGUGUUGGGCCCUCAUUUUUUUGCCUCUUUUUGGCAAUUGAGCCUUUCCGACAUUGCUGUGCCGAUCGAGCGAUACGAUGUUGAGACAAAUGCGCUGCAAACGCUGGCGAAAGCGAACGACCACGAACGCCGCGGUAACCUCAAGACAAGGGACCAUGCGCUUGAAAUUCUGUCGCAUCUCAAGGCUGAACUCAAAGCGCAGACCCUCGCUCACUCUGCCACUCGGCGUCGCCUCGCAGUGGAGAAAGGGCACUGGUUUGGUGAGUCUGCUCUAGCCUAGCCAGAGCAUUCACUCUCACCUCUUGCUGAUCUUGCCGCUUCCGCUCCGCGGCAUAACAGCGCACAUAUCCACGCCGACAGAAAGAGCUCAGCUUGUGUCGCAACUUCUGGAGCACUGCAUUCUACCACGCGCGCUGCUCUCGCCUACCGACGCAAUCUUUGCCGGUCGAUUCAUACGCCUGAUGCACGCCAACGGUACGACAAACUUCUCUUCUCUGAUGACGUACGACAGGAUCUUCGUGGACCACGUUGCUCCCAUCAUCUUCGCAUGCACCGAGAACGAGGCACGCAACUAUGCUCGAUUCCUCCAGCAAGUGCUCUCUGAUCUUUCUGCUUGGCAUGUUGAUGAGGCAGUAUAUGCCAAGGAAGCGGUCGGCGCAGAGCUGCCGGGAUUCCGGCCGAGGUGGACGAUCGCGCAGAGUCUGCCAUGGGAGUCUUUUCGCCAAUUAUUCCACAAGUGGCACAUUGCGUUGCUUCAGGUGAGUGCUUCCACAUUAAGCCCUUGAUCCAAGCUGACCCUUCAUUGAAUUUAUUUGCGCAGGCCUUUGAGCUGUGCCUGGCGUCAUCCGAGUAUAUGCGUCUUCGCAAUGUCAUUGUCGUCAUGACGCGGAUCGCGCAUUACUUCCCCUUGGACGAGCAACACGGCAAGGUUCUGUGCCUAGCAGUGCAAAAGCUUGUCGACGAGGAAGAUCGAGGUGACCUGAAAGUCCUAGGCCAAGGCCUACUUGCAACUCUCAAGAAGGGUCAAAGCGCCUGGCUUCCUGUCUGGAAGUUCAAGUCGGAUCCCCCUGCCCAGUCCGCUGCGGCUGCGGCUGCCGAGGCUGAGAAGACCGUCGCGAAAAGUGCCAAAGAUGCAAAGGCGAACGCAGCCCCACCUGCUAAAGCGAGCGAGACGACCGCGGCCAAGAGCUUCAACGACACGAGCCCACUGCCGACUCGUCCCAAAUCCAACGCGCCACCGAUGGGACCUGCUGCCGAACGUGGUGUCCCAGGUCGCAACCCUCAGGCGCCACCCGCGAGGCCCACUCACGCUAAUGACCACCCAGCCACUUCUACCGAUGUGUCUGCCUCCAGGCCUGCUCUUGAUCGCGCUGGGUCUUCUUCAUUGCCGCCUCGACCCCCACCCCGCACCGCUGAGCGAGAUCGACCACCGCCUUCUGCACCUCGGUCCGAUCUGCCCAAACAUCCGCGUCAGGCCGUCGGCAAUAAUACGCCCACCUCAAUGGCUGCCAGGCAAGCGGCCGCAGGCACUAUGGUGGCGCCGCAAAGGCCUGCUGACACUGCUGGCGCUCAAGCUGCGCGAGACCGAGCACAGGGCAACUCGACGCCACGACCGGCCAAAGAUUCAACCGCACGCGAAGGGCAUCCUACCCCCUCAUCUGCACCCCGAGCUUCAUCGAGAAACGUGUCACCUGCACGUGACAGCCGCGCCCCGAGCGUGGACUCGUCUAGGUCGCGAGAGAGCAAGGACCGCGGGCGCGACUCGAAUCGGGAGCGACUCGUUGAUCGAGAACGUGAACCUAUCCGUGAUAGUGACGACACUGUGCCCCAAGCUCGAGACAGUCAAAACCGUUCGCGACCGCGAGAGACAGAAAGGGAAACGGAUCGGAGCGCGGGGCGGGGCGGAAGUGGGCGUGACCCUCGCAUGGAUGAGGUGCCCCGAGUUUCGCGCUACGCAGAUCGCAGAGCACGAGAGGCAGUCCCGUCUGAAGAGAGCGACACGCGCACCGCAACACACCGAGGAGAUGAUCGACGCCGCCGCGAGGACCCAGACGCAGAGGCUCGCGCUUUGGAUCUGGGCUCAAAGUCGACCGCCAAGCCCACGCCUAGAGAGACCGCUGGAAAUGCCGAUCGAAACGGACGUAGCCAUGAAGAUGCUGCUCAACCCACCAGCAGUCACAAACGUACUUUGGCUGAUCGAUUUGGCGCAAGCGAUCAGGAGGGCAAAGUUGCUGCAGGGACAGUGAGUCUCAAUCGACUGUUCUUCGCGCUGCAGCGUCGUAGCGUUGCUGACACAGAUUGCUGCGCAGCCUAUCCGCGAAGAGGCUGACAGAGCAGGCGAUAGCAAGCGCGCAAAGUUAGAUCGCAGCAGAGCUAGCAAUCGCGUGGGUGUGGAAGCGGAAGUCCGCGACCGCAACGACAACCAAGCAACAACACCCAGCGGACCAAGGAAGGGACAGCUCUCUCCGCCCGCGAGUCGAUCGGAUGUCAGAUCUACCCCGUCCGGUCCUAGAUUAGACGCACAAUCCAGGCGGCCAUCGACCUCGCAGCAGCAAGAGCAAGAUCCAAAGGCGGAGCGCGGGGCUGACCCGCCACCAGGCAGAGGCAUCAGCAUCCUGGGUGGAGGCGGAGGUCGUCCCCACGAACAAGCGCUCCAAAGAUCCGCGUCUGACAACGCUCGUCCUGUGCCAAAAGGUCCCAAUUGGCAGCGACAGCGCGAGGCGGAGCCAGCCACAUCGUCUCGCGACUCCGUGGAUGCGCGAGAGCCACGGGCACCGAGCAACGGCAGGAGCGGUGAACGUGGAGCGCGAGGUCACGGGCGUGACGACUCGCGAGCUCAGGUUGGCGCGAGUAAUGAUGGUCUGUCUAGAACCAGAGAGCGAGACCGUCGUCAUGGAAGUGGCAGCGAGCCGCGCGGACCACGCAGCCAACAGGAGAGAUCAAACGCAGGUGGAGGGAGGUCUUCGGGAGGCGAGCGCGAACGCAACAGAAGCCAGCGACGUUCUGGUCGCCAAUGA